AUGGCCUACCAGCCCCCGCGUGGCCCGCAUGGCAAUUACGACUGGAAUGCGUUCGGAGGUCAGGGGCAGCCGCACCAGCCGCGUUCCAGCGGGCCCUACUCCAGCGGCUACCAUAGCACGGCCCAAGCGCCUCCCGCCGCAUCCUACUCCUACUCUUAUCCUCAGGCGGGCCCUUCAUAUCCCGGGCCAUCGGGCUCCAGAAUGCCACACGCCCCCCGACUCGCAGGGCCAACGGACUGGCGGGAGGUGGACGUCGUCGACGAGGAUGCGGAGGACAAGGAGGAUUGGGCGGACGAGCAUCGCGAGUACGUCAGCCCCCAGUCACGCGCGCCGCCACCGCCGGUGUUUCCCCGCCCGCGCCAGGGCCAGCUCGGAAGCCUGAUCGAUCGCGCGCGCUCGCCUGCAAUCGAGCGCUCGAAAACGCCCAUCGGCCAACGCAUGCGCCGACCGGGCGGUUCCGGAGCGGAGCGCCCAGCCCGGCCUCGGACACCGGUGGGCCGGGCCGGUACCCGACCAAUGCCCGCCGCACCGUCGAAAGGUGAGGGGUAUCUGCAUCCCGGCGCCCAGGCGACAGCGCAUUACUCAUCCUAUCCACCUGAAUCGCCACAAAACCCAUCCUAUCGCGAUUUCCCCGGCGACUAUCCACAAAAGCACGCAAAGUCCAGUGCCAAGGAGGGAGCAUAUGGGGAGGAUAAUUAUUCGCCGCCGAAGAAUGACUACAGGGGUCGGCGGGGCGCCGCAGCACCGUCAGCGUACGACCGUGAUGACCGCUAUCCAGGGCCGAGCGCGCGAUUUCAGCCUUCCGGCAAACUAAGCGAGCCUCGCCCAGUGCGGAAGUACGACCCACGCGAGGACGAAGAUCGCGAAUCGGCGGAGCUGCUUGCGCAGGCCGCGUUCCGCUCGUUCUCUCUCAGAGACAGGCCGCUUGUCGACGACCGCGAUCCCAGCCCCCACAGGCGGCCGAAGCCAGGCAAGAAGCCCGCGUCAUCAUUGGGUGCCGGCGCCGGGCCCGGGGGUGGCCUGCAACUCAGCUUCAUCGGCCGGCCCCCGGUGUCGGCGAAUCGGGCCGAUGGGCCGCGACCAGCCGUGGCGCCACCGAUGAAGACAGCGCAGUCUGCACCGGCCGUGUUGAUUGAAUUUCCACCCCGACAACGACCGGUUCCGCAGCCUAAGGCACCGUUGGCGAUUCCCUUCCUGCCACCACAGGCCCAGGGGCAGCCACCGUCGUACCCGCCGUACCGCAGCGGGCCGCCACCACCGCCCGGUGGUGUCUACUUGGACUACUCGCGCUUCGAGCCGGGCAGACCGCCGGAGUCGGACCGCCCGUCGUUAUACGAAGCGGGCCGCUCCUCAACAAUAUAG